AUGGGUCCCAGAUAUGAGAGACUUGCUCACCAAGAUGAGGAUCUCGAUGUCCACGGCAAUAUAACAAGCUCUCGGACAAACGCCUCAUCAACUCGCACCGUAACUUCGACUCCGAACUCUGCGCCCCCCUCAUUCCGGUCGCUUCCGGAAAUAUCGGAACCAAAUACGGAGCUCUCUGAUUCGUUCGAUAGCCCGAGCGAUGACGAAGACGAUAUGAGAAAUGUGCGCGGGUCGCAGAAUGCGAAUUUCCGAGAAUCGAUACCUUUGGUUUCAACAAACUCGAGUACCACACAUGCUAGCUCGGCAGCCGGGGGGAUGCCAGGAGGAAGGAUUUUUGGCGGUGGACAAACAGAUGGAGUGUUCGCUAAUAUCAGCGCGAAACCUACAGUCGGAGAGAAAGUUGAGGAGCAUCCACCAUCAUAUGAACAAGCUGCCGCCGAUGCCACUCCCCCAUAUUGGGAAACUACUAUCCUUGCUCCUGGGAUGGCUAGUGAUGAGGUCUUUAUCGACGGAUUGCCCGUAGGCUCUGUGUUUGCCUUUAUUUGGAACGCUAUGAUUUCCAUGUCGUUCCAAUUCGUCGGGUUCUUACUCACAUACCUGCUUCACACGACUCACGCGGCCAAGAACGGUUCACGCGCAGGUUUGGGUAUUACGCUGAUCCAAUAUGGAUUCUAUAUGCGCUCCCGGAGUGACGAUUUUGGAGGAACCUCCCCACCAGCUGAGAGCGAACCCCAAUCACCAAACUCAUACGAUCUAAGCGCGCAAGACAUGGUCGACACCGGUUCUAGCGACAGCAUUGGCAAGAACGAGUAUUUAAGCUAUAUCUUGAUGAUAGUAGGAUGGUUUAUCCUCAUUAGAUCGGUACGAAACUUUCUACAGGCCCGGCAAAUGGAGCAAGUGGUAUUGUCAAGCCCAGACCGUGGGCUUGGUACGGCUAUCAUUGCCGAGAACGAGGAUUCUGCAAGAGCAGUAUAG